CGGAGAAGCGCGUACCUGCGUUCUCCUCGCAGUCCGUCUUGGAGGGUUUAGGCAACGUGUUAUGAUUUUCUGCAGGAAGGCCAUCACGUUUUUGCUUUGCCCGUCGCGGCCUAGCGGACCUUUUGGAGCCGCAUAGUCGGCGUUUUUGAACUGAGGUCACAGCUCGUGGCGGGCCGGCGCGGCGCCCUGACCCGGCCUCACCAUGUUGGUUCUGUUUGAAACGUCCGUUGGCUACGCCAUCUUUAAGGUUCUAAAUGAGAAGAAACUUCAAGAGGUUGAUAGUUUAUGGAAAGAAUUUGAAACUCCAGAGAAAGCCAACAAAAUAGUAAAGCUAAAACAUUUUGAGAAAUUUCAGGAUACAGCAGAAGCAUUGGCAGGGCUGGUUCUCCCCCAUGUGUGAGGAGAGGUGAGAAGUGGUUAAGUUGAUCUCCCUGUGGAAACCAGCAACAUAAUGCUGAAGCCCAAUUCAUUACAAGGGACCAAGCAUUCACAGCUCUGAUGGAGGGUAAAAUCAAUAAGCAGCUGAAGAAAGUUCUUAAGAAAAUAGUAAAAGAAGCCCAUGAACCGUUGGCAGUAGCUGAUGCUAAACUAGGAGGGGUCAUAAAGGAAAAGCUGAAUCUCAGUUGUAUCCAUAGUCCCGUUGUUAAUGAACUUAUGAGAGGAAUUCGUUCACAAAUGGAUGGAUUAAUUCCUGGCGUAGAACCACGUGAAAUGGCAGCUAUGUGUCUUGGAUUGGCUCACAGCCUAUCUCGAUAUAGAUUGAAAUUUAGCGCUGAUAAAGUAGACACAAUGAUUGUUCAGGCAAUUUCCUUGUUAGAUGACUUGGAUAAAGAACUAAACAACUACAUUAUGCGAUGUAGAGAAUGGUAUGGCUGGCAUUUCCCUGAAUUAGGAAAAAUUAUUUCAGAUAAUUUGACAUACUGCAAGUGUUUACAGAAAGUUGGCGAUAGGAAGAACUAUGCCUCUGCCAAACUUUCUGAGUUCCUACCAGAAGAAGUUGAAGCAGAAGUGAAAGCAGCUGCGGAGAUAUCAAUGGGAACAGAGGUUUCAGAAGAAGAUAUUUGCAAUAUUCUGCAUCUUUGCACCCAGGUGAUUGAAAUCUCUGAAUAUCGAACCCAGCUCUAUGAAUAUCUACAAAAUCGAAUGAUGGCCAUUGCGCCCAACGUUACAGUCAUGGUUGGGGAAUUAGUUGGAGCACGGCUUAUCGCUCAUGCAGGUUCUCUUUUGAAUUUGGCCAAGCAUGCAGCUUCUACAGUUCAAAUUCUUGGAGCAGAAAAGGCACUUUUCAGAGCCCUCAAAUCUAGACGGGAUACCCCUAAGUAUGGUCUCAUUUAUCAUGCUUCACUCGUCGGCCAGACAAGUCCCAAGCAUAAAGGAAAGAUUUCUCGAAUGCUGGCAGCCAAAACUGUUUUGGCUAUCCGUUAUGAUGCUUUCGGUGAGGAUUCCAGUUCCGCGAUGGGAGUUGAGAACAGAGCCAAAUUAGAGGCCAGGUUGAGAACUUUGGAAGAUAGAGGGAUAAGAAAAAUAAGUGGAACAGGAAAGGCAUUAGCAAAGACAGAAAAAUAUGAACACAAAAGUGAAGUGAAGACUUACGAUCCUUCUGGUGACUCCACACUUCCAACCUGUUCUAAAAAACGCAAAAUAGAACAGGUAGAUAAAGAGGAUGAUAUUACUGAAAAGAAAGCAAAGAAAGCCAAGAUUAAAGUUAAAGUUGAAGAAGAGGAAGAAGAAGAAGAAGAAGAAGUGGUAGAAGAAGAAGAAACAUCUGUGAAGAAGAAGAAGAAAAAGGGUAAAAAGAAACACAUUAAGGAAGAACCACUUUCUGAGGAAGAACCAUGUACCAGCACAACAAUUCCUAGUCCAGAGAAAAAGAAGAAAAAGAAAAAAAAGAGAGAUAAUGAGGACUAACAAAGGAAUUACAGUUAUAUCACCUGGACGCAUCAUGCUUAAGAUUCCAUUGGGAGCAUACCAAGGAUGCUCUCUAACAUAAUCAAGGGAAGGUUCAGUGAAACAGUGAUUUAUCAUCUGUAACUUCAAACCUAUUUGUGUCUUGACAUCAACUCUGUUAACCUUAUGUCAUCAUUUCUUAGAGUCUUUGAUAAUACAAAUAAAAUUUUCUUUGUAUUUUAA